UCUAAAGUUGAGACAAACAAUAGAGCUGAGCCUCGGUGUGCUUCCCAGACGUUACGGGUCAGCACAGUUCACUCUGCGAGGAGAUUUUACGGCCCCAAAUAAACCAAAGCCUUCAACGCUGUUGCCAUUGCAUUGUGAGGGGUUUCAAACGGGAGUGUCUUUGAGCGCUCUUCUCCUCUCUCUGGCCUUUUUCUCCUCUUGUCAGCUGUCACACAGGCAGUUUCCUCAUUCCUAUAACCCACUAACACACACACUUCCCGUACAGUCAAUGCUUCUUUGUGCUUUAAAUACGUGGACUUUCCAUUGUAACAGUACCCCUCCUUAUAAUUCCCACCCUCGCCCUCCUUUCACUGACCAGUGUCCAAGCACAUGCUCCUUUUAACAAUACAACAUGUUCGAUUUUGGAUUUUCACACAACUGUUGUUGCACUAUUUGCAAACACAGAUAAAAUGCAAUAGCAGUAUUCUUUAGAAGGGAAACAAGUGACAAUGUUGAAACGCUUUCUUAUGAAACAGGCUUUGUACCAUGGGCUUCUCAUCCGGCAUGAACACAAUUCGCACUGCAGACACAAUACACUGUCUUGGCUUUGGAGGAGAUAAUACAUGCCUUACUGUAUUUGUAUUUUCUUCCAAUAAUUGUCCCCUGCAUGCAACUGAGAAAGAUCUUCAAGUGCGUAAAGGGAAAUGCCAACAACUUUACUCCCUGGGGAACUUUAGUUGGUGUUUAAGUGGAGUCAGCCUUUUCUAACGUGUACUGUAUAAAACCCGAAUAAGAAACCCAGCAGGCUGCAAGAAUUACAAGGGAAAUCUUAAACAAGAUGAUGUGAUAUGGUUAAAAGCUCCAGAACAGCAGCUAAGCCUGCCUCGGGAUGAAAUUGUUUUGUCAACCUUUUCCACUACGAAAGAACUGAGGCAUAAUGACAUCACUCAUUCAGGGGCAAGCUCCACAGUUUCUCACUUUAGGGAGUGUAUCCCGGGGCACAGAUAUAAUAAGUGAUUAAAAACUGAUUAUAAAACCAUUUGUAUUUGCAGAGGAUUUAUGAAUAAUCAUGUGAAUCGCAGCUGCGGCUCCCACUGAGUUCUUUGUGUGCAGAGGGGUGCCGGUAGCUGGAAUUAACCAGUGGGUGGCACUAAUACAACAGCAGAGAAAUAUCAACACUUUCUUCGGGCCCUCUUUAGCCACCGCCUUGUCUCCUCUAGCCCUCAUCUAUAUGCUUCUGUUUCCAUAUGCAAAUGAAUUAGUCUGGUUUUGGGUUGACACUGGCAUAUUGCUGCAUAAUUGAGGAGUUAGUCAAAGAACUGAAUGCAUAAAGAAGCUGUUAUAUAAUAUCAAAUACUGCUUCGCCAGAUCAGAGUUGCAGCGGAAAAUAAAACUAUGCCGCAGCAGAGUAAACGUGAUAAAAUUAUCAUUGUGUUCCCUGAAAGUGGAAUAGUUUUACUGCUAGUGCAGAUUGUCUACCGAAUACAAAUGGGUGUGGGCUCUUUAAGAGAACAGGUGUGUCUGACACACAGGUAAGAACACAGGAAGCACGGAGCUCUGGUUCAGUACCAAACAAACAUGAGGACAGUGGGGAAAUACUUCGACCGGCCCGACUGAUGACAUGAGACAACGCCUGCUCCUCACCAGUCUGUGGCUGGCAGUUUUCCUCUCUGCCAGUGUAUUGGCUCAAGACCCGGUGCCGAUCCAGUUCCAGCCGGAUCCGGUGCUGACUCAAACUGGUACUGACGCAGUGUUCACAGUGCUCACCAGGCCUGAGGUCCUGUCCAUUACAUGGGAGUACCAGGGACUGGCUCUGGGGCUGUGGACUGGAGGAGCCUCGGUGAUCAACACGGUGGCUCAGUUCGAGGGCAGGGUCAGCAUAACUGCCACUCAGCUGCGAAUUGGGAGCACCCAGCUACGAGAUGCAGGAACCUACAGUGCGGGGGUGAUCCCAUUGGGUACCACCGGCCUAGCUGCUAACACCAGAUCGAUACAGCUGAGGGUGUUUGAUGCAGUAGCUGGGGUGAGUCUGAUUGUUCCUUCAAUAGCUGUGGAGGGGAGAAAUGUGUCUCUCAGAUGUACGUGGACCGCCGGGACGGAGGUUACAGUCCAAUGGAGCAAAGGAGGCUCUGUCAUCACGGCUAACUCCAGAAUCACCAUCUCAGGUGGUUCCCUGGUCAUUAACCCAGCCAGACGGAAUGAUGCCGGGUCGUACACAUGUGAAGUCAGCAACCCUGUCAGCUCCCUCACCAGCACACAGAGCCUCACCAUCUUCUAUGGCCCUGAUACGCCUGUGCUGACCGUGGAGUCUCCAAAGGAGUGUGUCGGGGGAGGGGAUGUGUUGGUGGGACAGACGGUGCGUCUCACCUGUGUAUCUGACUCACUGCCCGCUGCCCUAUUCUCGUGGCAACGUGACGGACAGCCUGUCGCGUCUGCCCAGCCGGACAGCGGGGUGCUCAGCCUUCAGACUUUCUCAACAAAUGAGAGCGGCCAGUACGUGUGCAUAGCCAGAAACACCGUCACUGAAGGCACGUCGGAGCAGAGAACAGACUUGGCCAUCGUGGAUGUAUGUUUCAGUGGAGGGGAAGUAGCGGGCAUUGUGAUUGGCGCAUUUCUGCUCCUCAUAAUUAUCAUACUCCUCAUCCUGCUCAUUGUCUGCCUUGUGCGAAGGAGACAGGGAAUAGGACAAAGGGAGACUGUGCCCGUUCGGAAGGAAAACCCAAAUCAAAGACCUAUACCCCCAGAUCCACAGCCCGUUAAUGUGAGAAAUUUGGGUGAAGGACCCAACCCCCCCCUCCAUUACACGAACGCAUACACACGCCUGGACAACCCGCGAGAAAACCGUGGCAACCCACAGACACUGUUUAUGAACGGCCUGAAUAACUCCGACACGCAGCAGCACAAUGGCCACAUCCACACAAAUGGACUCCUAAACAAUACUAUUCAGAACGCUAAUUCAUACCCGCACAAUGGCAUUGACAACCCGGCUUUCACGCGCGCUGAUGCUCCGAAUAUAAACACAGUCCCAAACACGCAGCAGCAAAAUCCUAACAUUCUCAUACAGACUGGCCAGGGUGGCGCCCAGCCGUCUGCGGUGCACGUCAGCCUCAACACACUGCCGCAAACGACCCAGCCAAACAACAAUGCCCAAAUGCCCACCAUUCAUGUCAAUCUUAACUCAUAUCCAACCAAUGGCCAGCAGACUCUGCAAGACAGCUCGUAUCCACUCACUCACACAGCCAAUAAUAACGCUUUGGAGAUCCAACACAACUCGAUAAAUACAGCACAAUCAAGUCCCAGAAACCGAAGUGGACAGUCUUUUCCUAGUGAUCCCCGGCAAACGGGUUACAUAAGUACAGAUCAUGAAGGUCAACCUGGACUGAUCCCAACUGGACAUACACAUUACAAUGAUAAUAACAUUGUUCAGCGAAAUGCCAACACACAGACAUACCAGCAGGAUCCAGUGCCUAACAGAAGAUCUGAUAGAAACACAGGAAGGCAUGAUGCAGAUCCUGGUUCCUCCCACCGGCAAAUGCCUUGGGAUCGCCUCAGAGGGACGCCGGCAUAUCCCAGUGGCACGCUUCAGAGAGCAGAGGCAUCACCUGGGCACGACUCUUACACUUCAGACUACACUGCCAAUCCUCCCAGACGAGAGGCAAGGACACCAAACAGACCAGAGCCCCGCGCUCAGAGCCAAACUGUUUCUCGCCGAAGAACUCCACCCAGGCGAGAUCCGUCAUCAACGGACACGGAAACACAGAGCAGUUCUGAUGAUCAUCGGCGCCUAAACACCAGCAGCGCAACACAGCUUGAGUCCUCGCACCGCACACACAGAAGCACCCACACACAAAGAGAACGAGCUCAGCGAGACACCAGAGGUCUGCCUAGUAGCCAGACCGCCCCGAGGCAGGAAGCCACUCACAGCAAUAACCCCCAGGCGUUGCCUCUCAUGAGCCAGCAUGCCACUGUAGGCCGCUCUGCUGUUUCACAAGCACCCACGACACAGCAGGGACUGACUGCACCACAAGGUGGAGAUACAAGAGCUUUGGCUGAUCCUAAUCACCUUCAGCAGGCACACAUGGCCCAGCAACACAGAGCAGCGCCGAUCCAAACAUCACCACAAGGCCUGGGCACACAGACACAAACGGCAACGCAUGGUGCCACUGAGCCUCGCCAAGUAGGCACUGCUCCAGCCCCAUACCCUUCUGCCCAGUCCAAUCACAGUAACCUAACCCAAGCUGCACUUAAAGCCCACACCGAGAGGGCCCAAACAUUUAAAAAUCGGAACCAACAGACCCAGGCUGCCCUGCUUCAUCCUGGACCCCAGGUACAAGCUUCAGCCCCUGGGCCUCAGCACCCACCAACUCCUCCUCCUGUCAUCCCCAUUACACAGUUCCAAACCCUCCCCAAAGAGCGCACCCACAGAUCUCCAGCUAGAGGCCCGCAGCCCCCGAGGCCUCCUGUUAACAUGCCGGUGGCCCAGAGACAACAACAGGUGCAUCAUCGGUCCAAUGUGCAGCACCAUCCCACCACAAAGCACAGCAGCCAUCACCACCACCACCACGGAAAUGGACACGGGCAUGUCAGCGCACACCAUGCCCAUGGCCAUGGGCACCCUACACACAACACCCACCCAGGGCAGCAACAGACUCACAGAGGGAAACCAAGAUGAUGACAGAUGCCAGCAGACUACGCUCGACAACUGUCCCACAUGCACUGACACAAACAAACAGCUGACAGACAUGAUCCAAUACAGCAGCGAGCCAGACUGACGGCAAAGGGUUCGGCACUCAAGAAAGCUGUCAUACUCUGGUAUCUCCCUCCGAAAAUCAGGGAUUUCUUUAUGAAAGAAAUUAACACGUGGGUCGAUACCUUGUAAAUGUUUUGAAUACAGUCCAUAUGGCAAAUCAUCUCAAAGACUGAUUUUUAAAAAAUGUUCUUAAUUAAAAGCAGCUAAAUGAUACUUAAAAUAAAGUUAUAUAUUGAACUUUUUGUUGUCAUGAAUCAAAACUGAAAAAGAGACAGUUAAAAAAAAAACUUUCAGUGAUGCGUGGCUCCUGACCAGGUUCUCUCCCCAUCAUCCAUUAAUCCAUUAACAACACUGCCUUGAUGACAUGGACUUGCACAUAUAUGUAUGGCUAUCUAAGACUGUAGAGGUGGGCAAUGAUAUAGACUCGGCUGCCGGAAGCCGUGACAAUUGUGAAGGAAGAAAUUAGCAGUGGGGGUGGUCUUGAUUUACUCUGAGCUAUUUAUUUUGUUCCUUCUGUUUACAGAUGCCUCUUAUGACACUUCUCAAUUAAGACGAUUCGCCUCAGUGGUGCUGGGAAUAAUGCUCAGUUAACUAUGAAGGGGAUUCCACCAAGGGAUGGGCACUUAUUAAUUAAAUGCUUUUAUGUGACUUAAAUGACUUGGAGAAUAAUCGCAACUCUGCAUGAAUGAAGUCAGCACAAAGACCUGCCAUGCUUUCUGCUGAAAAAGCAGCAAACUGUUUACUAAGGGAAUGUCAUUUUUGCUUUGACAGAUUUUGUAUUUAUUGAUUUAAUUGUGUUUAUUAUUUAACUCAGGGAAGUACUUUUUGAUGGUUUAAGUGCCAUUACCAUUUUGAGGAUAAUAUCUUUUCUUUUAUUGUCAUUAAAUUCCAUGACAAAACCAAAAUUAACAAUGAGCCUAGUACGUAGUAGUAGUACUUGUUAGUACUAGUACUUGUUAGGACAUGCAACAAAAACCAUAAAAAUAUUAUUUAAAAUUGAUCAUUAUUUUAUAGACAGCUGAACGGAGUCAUGUCCCUGAAAACUGCACUAAAAACUGUUUUUGCUGCCAAAAGUUAUAUUUAAAGCCUAGUUUUAAGAGAUUUCUUAACCUGCCAUUUGAACAAACAGUCAUUUAUAAUCAUUUAUAUUACUUUUUUUUUUAGUAGAAAUAAACUGACAUUGAGAUCGGAGGCUCAAAACGGACAGUUAAGUCCAACAUAUCAUAUUUCAUAUAAAGCUCAACAUUUGAUCAAUGUACAUCUGGAACAUUAGAUUGUUUGUGUUUCUGAAUCUCUGUGUCUGAAGAUUAUAGCUUAUCAGUAGUUUGUACAGGUGUUGCACGUGAGCUACUACAUGUACAAUAAUUCUCUCUACUCUGGUAUUUAUGCAUUGUAUUAAAAUCCUAAUAUUAAUGACAAUAAAGAUUUCUGUUAUUAUGUCAUGUUAUUAAUGUAUAUUAUCUGGAUGAAGCUCAGGGAACAAAAAAUAAAAGCACAUUCAAAUCGG